CGCUCCCCGCGCCCGCGCCGCCCGCCCGGAGCCUCGGAGCGCCGACGCCCGGGGAUGCCCGCGCCCCAGAGGACCCCGCCCGCAGCGCCCACGCCUUCGCGAGGCCCGCCCGGAGCAUGCUGCCCCCGGCCAUGAGGGGCCUCGGCCUGGUGCUGCUGGCCGCCCUCCUGUGCUCUGCGCCCACUCACGGCCUGUGGUGCCAGGACUGCACGCUGACCACCAACUCCAGCCACUGCACCCCGAAGCAGUGCCAGCCCUCGGACACAGUGUGUGCCAGCGUCCGCAUCACCGACCCCAGCAGCAGCAGGAAGGACCACUCGGUGAACCGGAUGUGUGCUGCCUCCUGUGACUUCGUCAAGCGGCACUUUUUCUCAGACUACCUGAUGGGCUUCAUUAACUCUGGGAUCCUGAAAGUAGACGUGGACUGCUGCGAGAAGGAUUUGUGCAACGGGGUGCCCGGGCCGGGGGGCAGCCCCUGGGCCCUGGCCGGGGGGCUCCUGCUCAGCCUGGGGCCCGCCCUCCUCGGGGCUGGGCCCUGAGGUCCCCCCUCCCCACGGGCCUCUAAGCUGUUCCCUGGGCCUGGCUGCCCUCCUCAGCCUGGCUCGGCUGGGCCUGGCUCCACGUCCGAGGCCCUUGCCCCUCCCUGUCUCUCCACCAGCUCUGAGUCCCAGCCAGCUGGUCAC